UUGUUCAUCCGGUAGUUUGGUCCUCCUCGCUGUUGGAAAAACGAAAUGAUGGCCAGCGCAUCAGCAAGACAGGGACCUAAAAUCGUCUCCAAGUCGUCGGCGGGCGGCGCCGGGGCCGCGGGGGUCGGCGGGCCCCCGGUAAUGCCCCUCGCCUCGCCGCUCAUGGGGAAGAAGAAGAAGCCGUUUCUGGGGAUGCCCGCGCCGCUGGGCUACGUCCCGGGUCUGGGUCGAGGUGCAACUGGCUUCACCACCCGAUCCGAUAUCGGUCCGGCCCGCGACGCCAACGACCCAGUGGACGACCGCCACGCGCCGCCGGGCAAGAGGACGGUCGGGGACCAAAUGAAGAAGAAUGAGGAUGAGGAAGAAGAUCUGAACGACACAAAUUACGACGAGUUUAAUGGCUAUGCAGGCAGCUUGUUCUCCAGCGGGCCCUAUGAGAAAGACGACGAAGAGGCAGAUGCUAUCUAUGCGGCGCUGGACAAGAGGAUGGAUGAAAGACGCAAAGAAAGAAGGGAGCUGAGAGAAAAGGAUGAAAUUGAGAAAUAUCGUAUGGAGCGUCCCAAAAUCCAGCAGCAGUUUUCAGAUCUCAAGAGGAAGUUGUCCGAGGUGUCGGAGGAGGAGUGGCUGAGCAUCCCCGAGGUGGGAGACGCCCGCAAUAAGCGACAGAGAAAUCCCCGCUACGAGAAACUCACCCCGAUGCCCGACAGCUUCUUCUCCAAGCACCUGAAGACCGGAGAGAACCACACCACGGUUGACCCUCUGCAAGGGCUGGGAGGUCUGAGCACACCGUACCCAGGGAGCAUGACCCCCGGGACGGGGGAGCUGGACAUGAGGAAGAUCGGCCAGGCCAGGAACACGCUCAUGGACAUGAGGCUCAGCCAGGUGUCCGACUCGGUGAGCGGGCAGACGGUGGUGGACCCGAAAGGUUACCUGACGGAUCUCAACUCCAUGAUCCCCACACACGGUGGAGACAUCAGUGACAUCAAGAAGGCUCGCCUGCUGCUGAAGUCUGUGAGGGAGACCAACCCUCAUCACCCGCCGGCCUGGAUCGCCUCCGCCAGGCUGGAGGAGGUCACCGGGAAGCUGCAGGUGGCCAGGAACCUGAUCAUGAAAGGAACCGAGAUGUGUCCGAAGAGCGAGGACGUGUGGCUGGAGGCGGCCCGGCUGCAGCCCGGCGACACGGCCAAGGCCGUGGUGGCUCAGGCCGUCCGCCACCUGCCGCAGUCGGUGCGCAUCUACAUCAGAGCCGCAGAGCUGGAGACGGACAUCAGGGCCAAGAAACGAGUCCUCAGGAAGGCCCUGGAGAACGUGUCCAAGUCCGUGAGGCUGUGGAAGACGGCGGUGGAGCUGGAGGAGCCGGAGGACGCCCGCAUCAUGCUGAGCAGAGCCGUGGAGUGUUGCCCGACCAGCGUGGAGCUGUGGCUGGCGCUGGCCCGGCUGGAGACGUACGAGAACGCCCGGCGCGUCCUGAACAAAGCCCGCGAGAACAUCCCCACCGACCGCCACAUCUGGAUCAUGGCCGCCAAGCUGGAGGAGGCCAACCUCAACGCCCAGAUGGUGGACAAGAUCAUCGACAGGGCCAUCACGUCGCUGCGCGCCAACGGCGUGGAGAUCAACCGGGAGCAGUGGAUACAGGAUGCAGAGGAGUGCGACAAAGCGGGCAGCGUGACGACCUGCCAGGCCGUGAUCAGGGCCGUCAUCGGGAUCGGCAUCGAGGAGGAAGAUCGCAAGCACACGUGGAUGGAGGACUCGGAUAGCUGCGUGUCCCACGGAGCGCUGGAGUGCGCCCGGGCCAUCUACGCUCACGCCCUGCAGGUGUUCCCCAGCAAGAAAAGUGUGUGGCUCCGAGCGGCCUACUUUGAGAAGAAUAACGGCACCAGGGAGUCUUUGGAGGCCCUGCUCCAGAGGGCCGUGGCCCACUGUCCCAAAGCCGAGGUCCUGUGGCUGAUGGGGGCCAAGUCCAAGUGGCUGGCCGAGGACGUGCCCGCCGCCAGAAGCAUCCUCGCGCUGGCCUUCCAGGCCAACCCCAACAGCGAAGAGAUCUGGCUGGCUGCCGUCAAGCUGGAGUCCGAAAACAACGAAUACGAGAGAGCCCGCCGCCUGCUGGCCAAGGCGCGCAGCAGCGCCCCGACAGCCAGGGUGUUCAUGAAGUCUGUGAAGUUGGAGUGGGUGUUGGGCAACAUCGCCGCCGCCCAGGAGCUGUGCACCGAGGCCCUGAAGCACUACGAGGACUUCCCCAAGCUGUGGAUGAUGAGAGGCCAGAUCGAGGAGCAGGGGGAGAACAUGGACAAGGCCAGAGAGGCCUACAACCAAGGGUUGAAGAAGUGUCCCCACUCGGGGGGGCUGUGGCUGCUGCUGUCUCGCCUGGAGGAGCGAGUGGGCCAGCUGACCAGAGCCAGAGCCAUCCUGGAGAAGGCUCGCCUCAAGAACCCCCAGAUCCCCGAGCUGUGGUUGGAGUCGGUCAGGCUGGAGUUCCGCGCCGGGCUGAAGAACAUCUCCAACACCCUGAUGGCCAAAGCUCUGCAGGAGUGCCCCAACUCAGGCAUCCUGUGGGCCGAGGCCGUGUUCCUGGAGGCCCGCCCCCAGAGGAAGACCAAGAGCGUGGACGCGCUGAAGAAGUGCGAGCACGACCCCCACGUCCUGCUCGCCGUCGCCAAGUUGUUCUGGAGCGAGCGUAAGAUCAGCAAAGCCAGGGAGUGGUUCCUCCGGACCGUGAAGAUCGAGCCGGACCUGGGAGACGCCUGGGCUCUGUUCUACAAGUUUGAGCAGCAGCACGGCACCGAGGAGCAGCAGGAGGAGGUGCGUAAGCGCUGUGAGAACACGGAGCCGCGUCACGGCGAGCUCUGGUGCAACGAGUCCAAACACGUCCUGAACUGGCAGAAGAAGACCGCAGAGAUCUUGGCGGGGGUGGCGGGCAAGAUCAAGAACACCUUCUGAGGUCUGGGGGGGGGUUUGAGACUGGAACAACAACAACAAGCGGGAGGAAGCGUCUCCGGGCCUGUGGCCUCGCCCCCUUUCCUCUCCAGAGGAGUGGAGAUGGUUUCAUGAGUAGACGGUGACGUUUGAUUCGUGGAUGAAUCUGCUGUCACCGGGUAGAACUGAGGUUUUACAAGUCCCAAAAACCUGGAAAUGAGACGGCAUUUUUUAUUUUUUUCCCACUUCCUGUUCCCUCAGUCGAUGUGUUCAUUUGUUUCGGGCUCUGGGAUCGUACCGAGCCGAAGAGUUCUUCUUUUUAACGUUUCUGUUGUGCGAUAAACAUAAAACUUGUGAGUAAACACUUGUGCGUCCGCAGCCUCGUGUUACCGGCUGCCUCCACACGGAGGCGCUCAUGGUGUGUGUCAACUUGUGGUUGCCACGGAGACACUUUUUUUCUUUCUUUCUGCAAUUAUCAAAAAUCUAAAUAAUGAUUAAUAAUUACCAAUUCAGAAAUCGCAUCAUGGGACUCUUCUUCUGUCUUUAAUAUUUUGGAGCAUAUAUGCAAUAUAAUAAAACCAAGGAGUCCUG